UCACAGAGGCAGCGACGCGGCGGAUGACAACAUUAGGCCGCGACGCGCUCCGAGCUGGGCGGUAGUGGUAGGGGCAGCCCGAGCGGCUGCAGCGUUAGCUUUCGCCGCGGCAGCAGCCGCCACCGAUACCCCGCAGACUGAGGGAAGGUGGGGGCCCGCCCUGGCCCGUGGACCGCGAGGCAGGAGUUCCCGCCCCUCUCGCGGGCCGAGCCAGCAGCGCCUCCGUGGCGGAGAGACAGCGCCCUCGGUCUGUGCUCGCUCCCCAGCUGCCGCUGGCGACAGGAGCGGAGAGAAGUUAGGGUCGGACCGAACGCGUGCCGGGACCCAGAGGAACCGGCCCCCGGCGCCCCGCAUCAGGCACAUACUGUUUGUAUUAAGGAAGACGCUGAGCACUUUCAGCCUGCUGAAAGGACUUAGCAAUUGAUGUUCUUCUUUGCCUCACUAUCAUUGGUAGUAAGCGACUCGCAGUUCCAGUGGUUCAUCAGCAUGAUUUUUGAGCAGGAUUUCCAGAUUUACAGAAUGACUAAACAUUAACGGAAAGAGAAGCAUAAACCUAUCUUCUUUCACUAUGGAGGCCGGUUUGGCAGAUGGAGAACCUGACCGAACUUUGCUUCUUGGUGAUAGCAAAGAUGUCCUUGGGCCAUCAACUGUGGUAGCAAACAGUGACGAAUCUCAACUUCUGACACCAGGAAAGAUGAGUCAGCGCCAAGGGAAAGAAGCUUAUCCAACUCCUACCAAAGAGUUGUGUCAGGCAUCUUUUAGUCCAGCAAGUCCUCAUAACCAGGGUUUUGAAAGAGGAAAAGAAGAUAUUUCUCAAAAUAAAGAUGAAUCUUCACUUUCUAUGUCAAAGAGCAAGUCUGAAUCUAAACUUUAUAAUGGCUCGGAGAGGGAUAGUUCAACUUCAAGCAAGCUCACAAAAAAAGAAUCUCUCAAGGUACAAAAGAAAAAUUACCGAGAAGAAAAGAAAAGAGCCACAAAAGAGUUACUCAGUACAAUCACAGAUCCUGCUGUUAUUGUUAUGGCUGAUUGGUUGAAGAUUCGUGGUACUCUGAAGAGCUGGACCAAGUUGUGGUGUGUGCUGAAACCCGGGGUGUUACUGAUCUAUAAAACCCAAAAAAAUGGUCAAUGGGUAGGAACAGUCCUUCUGAAUGCCUGUGAAAUCAUUGAGCGUCCAUCAAAAAAGGAUGGAUUUUGCUUCAAACUUUUUCAUCCUUUGGAACAGUCUAUUUGGGCAGUGAAGGGUCCAAAAGGUGAAGCAGUUGGAUCCAUAACUCAGCCCUUACCUAGCAGUUAUUUGAUCAUCCGAGCUACUUCAGAGUCAGAUGGAAGGUGCUGGAUGGAUGCUUUGGAGUUGGCUUUGAAAUGUUCUAGUCUUCUUAAACGUACAAUGAUCAGGGAAGGAAAGGAACAUGACCUGAGCAUUUCGUCAGAGAGCACGCAUGUGACUUUGUAUGGCUUAUUACGUGCUAACAACCUCCACAGUGGUGACAACUUCCAGUUAAAUGAUAGUGAAAUUGAACGACAGCAUUUUAAGGACCAAGAUACGUAUUCUGAUAAAUCUGAUAAAGAAAAUGAUCAAGAGCACGAUGAGUCUGACAAUGAAGUGAUGGGGAAAAGUGAAGAAAGUGACACUGAUACAUCCGAAAGGCAAGAUGAUUCGUAUAUCGAACCUGAGCCUGUUGAGCCUUUAAAGGAGACGACCUACACUGAACAGAGUCAUGAGGAACUUGGAGAGGCAGGUGAGGCUUCUCAAACAGAAACUGUGUCUGAAGAAAACAAAAGCCUUAUCUGGACACUGCUGAAACAAGUUCGUCCUGGCAUGGACCUGUCCAGGGUGGUUCUGCCUACAUUUAUCUUGGAACCUCGUUCUUUCCUGGAUAAACUUUCAGAUUAUUACUAUCAUGCAGAUUUCCUAUCUGAGGCUGCUCUUGAAGAAAAUCCUUAUUUUCGUUUGAAGAAAGUAGUGAAAUGGUAUUUGUCAGGAUUCUAUAAAAAGCCAAAGGGAUUGAAGAAACCUUAUAAUCCUAUACUUGGUGAGACUUUCCGUUGUUUGUGGAUUCAUCCCAGAACAAACAGCAAAACUUUUUAUAUUGCUGAACAGGUGUCUCAUCACCCACCAAUAUCUGCCUUUUAUGUUAGUAACCGAAAGGAUGGAUUUUGCCUUAGUGGUAGUAUCCUGGCUAAGUCCAAGUUCUAUGGAAACUCAUUAUCUGCAAUAUUAGAAGGAGAAGCACGAUUGACUUUCUUGAAUAGAGGUGAAGAUUAUGUAAUGACAAUGCCAUAUGCUCAUUGUAAAGGAAUUCUUUAUGGCACAAUGACACUGGAGCUUGGUGGAACAGUCAAUAUUACAUGUCAAAAAACUGGAUACAGUGCAAUACUUGAAUUCAAACUAAAGCCAUUUCUAGGUAGCAGUGACUAUGUUAAUCAAAUAUCAGGGAGACUUAAACUGGGAAAAGAAGUCCUAGCUACUUUGGAAGGCCAUUGGGAUAGUGAAGUUUUUAUUAAUGACAAAAAGACUGAUAAUUCAGAGGUUUUCUGGAAUCCGACACCAGACAUUAAGCAAUGGAGAUUAAUAAGGCACACCGUAAAAUUUGAAGAACAGGGAGACUUUGAAUCGGAGAAACUCUGGCAGCGGGUAACUCGAGCCAUAAAUGCCAAAGACCAAACAGAAGCUACACAAGAGAAAUGUGUUUUAGAAGAAGCUCAAAGACAAGCUGCCAGAAAUCGGAAAACAAAAAAUGAAGAGUGGACUUGCAAAUUAUUUGAACUUGAUCCACUCACAGGAGAAUGGCAUUACAAGUUUGCAGAUACUAGACCAUGGGACCCACUUAAUGAUAUGAUACAGUUCGAGAAAGAUGGUGUUAUCCAGACCAAAGUGAAACAUCGCACUCCAAUGGUUAGCGUCCCAAAAAUGAAACAUAAGCCAACCAGGCAACAGAAGAAAGUGGCAAAAGGCUAUUCCUCCCCGGAACCUGAUAUCCAGGACUCAUCAGGAAGUGAAGCUCAAUCAGUAAAACCAAGCACAAGAAGAAAGAAAGGUAUAGAGCUGGGAGACAUUCAGAAUUCCAUCGAAUCUAUAAAACAAACACAAGAAGAAAUUAAAAGAAAUAUUAUGGCUCUUCGAAAUCAUUUAGUUUCAAGCACACCUGCCACGGAUUUUCUGCAACAAAAAGACUACUUCAUCAUUUUCCUCCUGAUCUUGCUACAAGUCAUAAUAAACUUCAUUUUUAAAUAGAAGUUCUUCACAGUUGAAUCAAUGAACUGGAAUGAUCAGAUUUGGCCUGGGACCAAAGUUCAAAUUGGUUUGGUCUUUAUUAAUACAUCACAAUAUUUCAGAAACAAAAUCUUAGAUUUAAAUGUAGAAGUGUUGACCUUUCAUACCUUUUAUCUUUAACCUGAAACAAGAGCUAUUCUGUUUGGUUAUUAAAGUGAACUAUGUGUUAAGUGCCAGAACAUUUCUAGCUUUUGUGAGAAUGUGUCUACAUGUGAGUAUAAUAAAUCCACAUGUAUACACAGUUGUGUCUUAUGUAUACCUGACAGUAGUCUUUGUAUUCUAUAGUAUGUUCUGAGGUACAGCACUAACAUUCAUAACAAAAAAGCUAUCAAUAUUAUAAAUACAUGUAUAAUAAUCUGUUUUCUUCAUAAAACAGGCACAAAACUUAUUAAUAAGGAAUUACAAAAUGGGAAAUGAUGGAAUAAUAGACAUAUCAUAAAUAGUUCAAUACACUGUACUGUUAAGAAAAAAGAUGAUCAUUUCCAAAGCACCCAGCUCAAUUGUUUUCUUAGAAACAGCAAGACAAAGUGUGGUUAAAAUUGAUAUGUUGAGAGAUACAAAGUGGCAAAUUGCUUUUUUAAAAGUUUACACCAGAUUUUUUUAAUGCCUAGAAUUUAAUAUUUAUAGAUACAGGUACAAAUGCACGUAUGUGUAUAUCAACAUAAAAAAUGGUAUGCAGCUACUUGAAUCUAUUGAUUAUAUCUUAUCAUACCUAUAUAAUACCACCUUAAGCACUUGCUUAAAAAAAUGUGAUCAAAAUUAGUUGCUGUCCUUUUUUCUUAUUUUUGUUUUUUAAUUCAGUUGGUCCAAUAAAACAGGCCAAGUUCUAGAGAUGUUUAUAGGGCAUAUGAAAUGCUGGUAACUCUUGUUUUUUUCAUUAUGAAAAACUUAUUUUAACUUUCAUUUAGACCGUAGUUGUUCAGUGAGUAAGUAGACUAGAAGAAAUUAUAACUAAUAUUUUACUUCAAAAGCCAAAUAUGAGAGGCGAUAAGACGCUUUGUGUGGUGGCAUUUACGUGUACAUUAAAAUUGGUUUCUUUAAAAUGUGCAAUAAGUUGAGCAUCUAAGAAGAGCAUCAGGUUUUGAAGUUUAAUUUUUUAUUAUCCUCCUUGGUUCUUAGUAACUUCAUUCUGUGGCAGAAACCACAAUUCAAGAUUUCCUUUUGUUCAGGCUCAGGCAAACUUUUUCCUAAUUUUUAUUUUAUUUUAAUAUUUUUACUUCAUGUUUUUACAUAAAUAUUUAUAGUCCUCAAAGCAAUUUUUGCAAAUGUAAGUUAAGGUCAGGAACAUGUUAUUCUAAGAUAUAUCUUAGAAUCCUUGAAAGUAUAGUUUUAAAAUGGUUAUUAAUGAAAAUGUAGGUCAAAAUAAUUGCUCUGGCUACAUUUGCCUUUGACUGAGAAGAGACUGUUAGACACUAGUAAAAUAAUAAUCAGUUGUUUAAUGCCAUGAUAAAUAUAAAACUAAAGAAUGGUUGCUAAAUUAUGAAAAUUGAAACUGAUAAAAAAGAGCCAGCUUUUUUCCUGCCUAACCAAUGUAGCUGUUUUAAGUAUCCUUAGGUUUUAUGAAGAGCCAUUUCUCAUAUUUUUUUUGGCAAAAUUAUGCUAUAUUCCAUAUGUACAUGUGAAAACAUUUUUUUAAUUGAUUAAAAUAUAAAUAAGAUAUACUUAUACCCAGUAUAAGUAUAGGUAUAAUAUGACUACACUGGAACAAGUGGGGGUUUUUCAUUUGUAUUUCAUACUUGUCAAUACAAUUUUUGUACUCACUUUUCGUUUCCAAUGUUAUGCUCAACUGCCUAUUCACUGAUAUAUAUUUUGUAAAUAUUGUACAAUUUGAUCUUUUUAUGGUUGAAAUUAGUAUUUAUAUUAUAUAUAACUUGAUUGGCUGAUCACAAAAGUCAUUUCAUCAUUAAACCCUGAAAACUUAAAAUUUCUUGUUGGUAUCCCCCCUUUGGGGUUUUUAGUCUAAUCCACUUGUGGGUUAUUUUCAUUUGCUCUAAACAGUGUUUUAUUUGUAUGAGUACCUUCUGAGACUAGAAAGGUAGUUAUUUUCUUUAUUUUUUAAAUUUUCUUUUUAGGGCAGAUGUUAUAGGUUCUUACUACCCAAGGAGUCAAAAACUAUUUCAUGAGAAAGAGCAGGGUUACUCAUCACUGUUUCUUGUACUCUAAAAGCAUUAAUCUAGUAGUUUUAUUAUGCUUUUAGUUGUGUGAGUUCCUUUCUGCAAACUGAAAACACUCAGGAACUGGUGGCUUAGUUUUAGAUCACUGCUUAUACCAGGCUUACUAUGUGAAUCCUUUAAAACUCACAGUUAACUUUGUAUUUAGCCAUAUAUGUAAUUGACUUUGAAUGAUCUCUACCUGAGAUUAAUCUUCCCUUCACACAUGGAUUCAUAAAAAUUGUGAUUAACAGUUUCUAGUUGUCUGAGAACCUCAUAAUGGUUUCUAGGAUUUAACCUAGAACCAUAUGACCUGUUUUUUCAUUUGAUCAAAAAUUUAUUUUUUUCUCAGGAAAAUUUAGGUAAGAGUUAUUGAAAUGUGCAUUUCUAUUUUAGUUGUUAAAUGUGCUAUGCCUUCAGUUGUUCACUAUUGAGUCAGAUGUAGCUGACCCAGGAAAAGACGAUAAAUAGGGCAUGUGAAAUUAGUUUCAGCAAUAGAUACUUUACUUGUAUUCCAUAUCAGCACUUUUUUGUACCACUUGUAAAGGUACAGUGUAAUCUUUGUCACCAUUCCAUUGAAAAAGUUGGCCUUGUUAAAUACAGCCCUCAUUUAGUAUUCACGCUUUUGUGCCUUUAAGAGAAUACUUUUUGUCAUUUUGUGUUACAGAACUAUUAUAUGAUUCAAAGUGUUUAUAGACUUGUCAUAAAAGGGUCAUUUCUCUGUGUCACCUUAUUUCCUUUUAUAUAGUUAAGUAUAUAUAACUUGGUGAUGCUGUACUUUUACAAGGGUUUGUCUGUUUACUUAUUUCAAAUAUAUUCUUUAUCACAUCAUUGAAGUAGAUUUGUCAGAUUACUCUGAGUAUUGUAAACAGUGCCUUUUUGAUGGAAUUCACACUGUUUUGGGUGUCAACUUGUGCCAUAUACAUACAAAAUUCUGUUAAAGGCAGUUUUAACUUUUUAAAGAAUAUCUUAGUCACAUAUUUAAGUAAAACAAAUGUAUAAAAUUCCAUUUUUUCCCAUGUUUAGCAUUUCUAGUGAGCAAUGACUAUAUUUGGGGGGGUUUGUUUGACAUAAGGUGAUGAUGGCAUUAUUGAUGAGCCAUAUGUGAUGCUGCAGAUUAUUUUGAAUUAUGUUAAAUACACAGAAAUAAAAUAUUAAAAUUAGCAUUUAUACCAAACUUUCUAAUUUGAACCAAUGGGGGGCACCCAACAAAAAUCACUAACUUUGCAUUUCAACUUCUAUCUUAUUUGACUAUAUGGAAAAAGAGAUGCUUAAAAAUGUAUAACCUGCCACUAUUAUGUAAUGUAGUUUCAUUUUGUUUACCUAUAGUGUGAAUUUAGUAUAUUUACUUUAUGUUACUGUUAACAUACUGUUUGUUUUGUUAGUUUUUAAUUGAAGAUGGACUGUUAAAAUUAUAUAGGACCAGUGUCUCCUUAAUAUGAUUAACAUAUUUAGAAGAGCCACAAGAAACCCAUGACAAAAUGAAUGUGAAUAUACCUUCUAAAAUAUUUAGAAAAAUUCUUUUCUGCAUUUAUCAUGUAAAAUUACUUUAGUAUUACAAAAUUGAAAUUUAUUUAAAGAAAAAUGCCACGAAAUAUUUGAACUGAUGAGCCACAGAACUUCAAUUGAAAAAUUUUCCACUUUUUUAGCAUGCCUAAAUAUACAUCUAAGAUAAAUAACCUGAUUGAUGGCCAUUUUUAAGUUCAAAUACUACCACUGGUCAGUUUUGUGUAGUAGAAUAAAAGUAUGUUAUCUGCAGUGUUAAGUACAGCACACUGUCAGAUUCUUUUCCUUAAGGUGCAUUGUAAAUGUACAGAUAGUCAUAGGCUACUGUUUUAUAAUGUAUUACAUUUCUAAUCUAUUAUUCCUAACCUAUUAUAAAUGUUUGCAGACAAAAGAAUAGAGUUUUUCUAAAAAUCUGUAAAAUUAUGCUAACUUCGACAAGUAGGCAUUCUAAAUAAAAAUUUAAAAAA